GGGAGGGCGUCAAGGCGCACGCGCAGUGUGUGUUGUGGAAAUAGCGCUCCGGAGCGUGAAUUUUCUGGCGCGGCCGGAAGUGUCCGGAGAGAUUAGAGCGGCGCGUCCGAUUAGCGUCCCCUCACCCUCUGUGGGCACCAUGGAGCCGGGCGCUUGAGGGCGAACCUGACGCCUUUACCCCAGACAUGUUAGCUGCUCCCCUCGGCGCAGGAUAGAAAUGCUGACUUACUGUGCAGUAUUGUUGUAAGUGACAUGAUGACAAGAUAGCGUACAGACUACUUUGCAGCAUAAAGGCACUAUGUACUCAGAGUGGAGGUCUCUACAUCUAGUAAUUCAGAAUGAUAAGGGUCACACCAGUGUACUUCACAGCUAUCCUGACAGUGUGGGUAGAGAGGUCGCAAAUGCUGUUGUGCGUCCCCUGGGCCAAGCCUUGAACACUCCAUUACCAGCUGAGAGUGUUCUGAAAACAGACAAAGAAGUAAAAUGGACAGUGGAGGUGAUUUGUUAUGGCCUUACCCUGCCUUUAGAUGGUGACACAGUGAAGUACUGUGUUGAUGUUUAUACAGAUUGGAUUAUGGCUCUCGUCUUACCGAAGGAUUCAAUUCCUCCACCCAUUGUGAAAGAGCCAAAUCUUUAUGUUCAGAUCAUUCUCAAACAUCUGCAAAAUCUCUUUGUACCAAGGCAGGAUCAAGGCUCCAGUCAGGUUAAACUGUGCUUGCAAGUUUUGAAAGCCGUCCAGAAAUUGGCUCAUGAGUCGACCACCAUGGCUCGAGAAACAUGGGAGGUUUUAUUAUUGUUUCUGCUGCAGAUCAAUGAUAUUCUGUUGGGCGCUCCAACAGUGCAAGGUGGAAUUGCUGAGAGUCUGGCCGAAAAGCUGAUUGGUGUGCUGUUUGAAGUAUGGUUGCUAGCUUGUACUCGGUGCUUUCCCACACCACCUUACUGGAAAACUGCCAAAGAGAUGGUAGCAAACUGGCGGCAUCAUUCUGCAGUGGUGGAGCAGUGGAGCAAAGUAAUCUGUGCCCUUACUGCUAGACUUCUGCGUUUUACGUAUGGACCUUCAUUUCCACCUUUUAAAAUUCCUGAUGAAGAUGCCAGUCUAAUUCCUCCAGAAAUGGAUAAUGAGUGUGUUGCACAAACUUGGUUUCGCUUUUUACAUAUGCUGAGUAAUCCUGUGGAUUUGAGUAAUCCAGCGAUUAUAAGCUCUACCCCCAAGUUUCAGGAACAGUUUUUGAAUGUGAGUGGAAUGGCUCAGGAAUUGAAUCAGUAUCCCUGCCUUAAACAUCUGCCUCAAAUAUUCUUUCGUGCUAUGCGUGGGAUCAGUUGCUUAGUGGAUGCAUUUCUAGGUAUUUCACGGCCACGAUCAGACAGUGCUCCACCAACCCCAGUCAAUAGGCUGAGCAUGCCCCAAACUACUACUGUCAACACAACUCCACCUCACAAUCGAAGGCAUCGAACUGUAACUGUGAACAAGACAAUGAAAAAUAGCACAGCUAGCACAGCUCAUUCUUCCAAAGUCCAACACCAGCCGUCCUCUACUUCUCCACUGUCUAGUCCAAACCAAACAGGUUCUGAGCCUCGACCACUCCCAGCUCCCCACAGGCCAAAGGUUAACAGUAUCUUGAACCUCUUUGGAUCGUGGUUAUUUGAUGCAGCAUUUGUUCACUGUAAACUUCAUAAUGGAAUAAACAGAGACAGCAGUAUGACUGCAUCUUUUAUCCAAAUCCUUCUUUCUUAUAAAUCUUCUAUAGCAACGCAAGCUAGCAUGGAGUUUCGGCGGAAAGGAUCGCAAAUGUCUACCGACACAGCGGCUUCCAAUCCCAUGUUUGAUGCAGGUGAAUUUUCGGACAACUAUGAAGCAGGCAGAGCAGAGGCAUGUGGAACUCUUUGUAGGAUAUUUUGUAGCAAGAAGACUGGGGAGGAUAUACUGCCAGCCUACUUAUCUCGAUUUUACAUGCUUUUAAUUCAGGGUUUGCAGAUUGCAGAUUCUGUUUGCCAUCCAGUUCUGGCUAGUAUUAUUUUAAACUCUCCUGCGUUGUUCUGCUGCGACUUGAAAGGGAUUGACGUUUUAGUUCCUUACUUCAUUUCCGCCCUUGAGACUAUCUUACCUGACAGGGAACUUUCCAAGUUUAAAUCAUACGUGAAUCCCACAGAGCUAAGAAGAGCCUCUAUCAACAUCUUACUUUCCUUGUUGCCUCUUCCUCAUCAUUUUGGAAUGAUAAAGUCUGAGGUUGUUCUGGAAGGAAAAUUCAGCAAUGAUGACAGUUCAGCCUACGAUAAGCCAGUAACCUUCCUUUCUUUGAAAUUGAGGCUUGUGAAUAUACUUAUAGGAGCACUGCAGACGGAAACAGACCCUAAUAACACACAGAUGAUCCUAGGUGCAAUGUUAAACAUUGUGCAAGAUUCUGCACUUCUAGAAGCCAUUGGCUGCCAGAUGGAGACGAAUGGUGGCGAAAAUAAUAUCUUAAAAAGUCACAGUCGCACAAACAGUGGCAUUAGCACAGCAAGUGGAGGAAGCACAGAGCCCACCACUCCUGACAGUGAGAGACCAGCACAAGCUCUCCUAAGGGAUUAUGCUCUUCAUACAGAUACAGCAGCUGGACUCCUGAUUCGCAGCAUUCAUUUGGUAACACAAAGGCUCAACACGCAGUGGAGGCAGGAAAUGAGCAUCUCGUUGGCUGCAUUAGAACUUCUUUCUGGUUUGGCAAAGGUGAAGGUUGGUGUUGAUCCUUCUGACAGGAAGAGAGCAAUUAGCUCUGUGUGCUGCUAUAUUGUGUAUCAGUGCAGCCGUCCUGCUCCUCUCCACUCCCGAGAUCUGCACUCCAUGAUAGUAGCAGCGUUCCAGUGUCUCUGUGUCUGGCUCACUGAACAUCCAGACAUGCUUGAUGAAAAGGACUGCUUGAAAGAAGUCUUGGAGAUUGUGGAACUCGGCAUCUCAGGAAGUAAAUCCAGAAAUAGUGAACAAGAGGUCAAAUAUAAAGGAGAUAAAGAGCCAAAUCCAGCUUCCAUGAGGGUGAAGGAUGCAGCUGAAGCUACACUCACAUGUAUCAUGCAAAUACUUGGAGCUUUCCCUUCCCCCAGUGGCCCUGCUUCCCCCUGCAGCUUGGUGAAUGAGAUCACCUUAAUUAAAUACUCUCGUCUGCCUUCCAUAAACAAAUACAGUUUUCGAUACUUUGUCCUGGAUAACAGUGUCAUCCUUGCAAUGUUGGAGCAGCCCCUAGGGAAUGAACAAAAUGACUUUUUCCCUUCAGUCACAAUUUUGAUCCGAGGGAUGUCUGGGAGACACGCCUGGGCCCAGCAGCUUUGUCUUUUGCCAAGAGGAGCCAAAGCAAAUCAAAAGAUGUUUGUUCCAGAACCUCGGCCUCCACCCAGGAAUGAUGUUGGACUCAAAUAUAGUGUGAAACACCGGCCGUUUCCUGAGGAAGUGGACAAGAUUCCUUUUGUGAAAGCUGACCUGAGCAUUCCAGACUUACAUGAAAUUGUUACUGAGGAACUUGAAGAGCGGCAUGAGAAGCUGAGGAAUGGGAUGGAACAGCAAGUUCUCUAUGAGAAGUCUAUAGAGCAACAGAUGGAAGAAGAGUGGAGGAAGAAGAGUUUCCCUGAUCCCAUCACGGAGUGCGAACCGCCACCUCCUGCACAGGAGUUCCAGACUGCACGUCUCUUCCUCUCCCACUUUGGAUUUCUGUCACUAGAAGCAUUGAAGGAACCUGCUAACAGUAGACUACCUCCUCACCUGAUUGCACUUGAUUCUUCCUUACCUGGCUUUUUUGAUGAUAUCGGCUACCUGGAUCUGCUGCCAUGUCGCCCUUUCGAUACAGUUUUCAUUUUCUACAUGAAAGCAGGCCAAAAAACAAGCCAAGAAAUCUUGAAGAACGCAGAGUCUUCCAAGAGUGUCCAGCCACACUUCCUAGAGUUCUUGCUGUCUCUUGGUUGGUCAGUUGACGUAGGCAAGCAUCCUGGAUGGGCAGGGCAUGUUUCAACUAGUUGGUCCAUUAACAGCUUCUGUGAUGAUGAGGGAACUGAACAAGAUGAAAUAAUCUCUUCAGAAGACAUUGGGGCAAGUAUCUUCAAUGGGCAAAGAAAGGUGCUAUAUUAUGCAGAUGCACUUACAGAAAUAGCAUUUGUUGUCCCUUCACCUUUGGAAUCCUUGACUGAUUCACUGGAAAGCAAUGUCUCUGACCAGGAGAGUGAUUCCAAUAUGGAUCUCCUACCUGGAGUAAUAAAGCAGCCAGCACUGACCCUUGAGCUCUUUCCCAAUCAUACAGACAAUCUCAAUUCUUCACAAAGGCUCAGUCCUACUUCCAGAUCCAAGAGGUUGCCUCAGGGUCGGGCUGUUCCCCCAAUGGGACCUGAAACCAAGGUGUACGUGGUCUGGGUUGAACGCUAUGAUGAUAUAGAGAAUUUCCCUCUCUCUGACUUGGGUUCAGAGACCAGUACUGGUGUAGAAACAACUGCAAACAGCAGCACUUCAUUGAGAUCCAGUACUCCUGAAAAAGAAGUUCCAGUGAUCUUCAUCCAUCCUCUGAAUACUGGUUUAUUCAGGGUAAAAGUGCAAGGAGUUACUGGGAAAUUCAACAUGGUCAUCCCAUUGGUGGAUGGUAUGAUAGUGAGCAGACGAGCUCUAGGCUUCCUAGUGAGACAGACAGUAAUAAACAUUUGCCGAAGAAAAAGGCUGGAAAGUGACUCGUACAAUCCUCCUCAUGUUCGCCGAAAACAGAAAAUAGCUGACAUUGUCAAUAAAUACAAGAACAAACAGCUGGAGCCGGAGUUUUAUACCUCCCUUUUCCAAGAGGUCGGGCUAAAAAACUGCAAUCUUUAGACCAAUAUCCUUCUUGAACAAUUAGAUCAGAGCUUGGUGUCUACUGUAAUGAAGAAAAAAAACCUUUCCCCAUCUUGGAACUCCUGUAUAAAGAAACCACAACUUGAGCAUGACAUCUGCUUUUGCUGCCAGGAAGAAAUGGGGACUAGAUCUAGACCCUCGCGCUGCAAGUCUGAAUACAGCCCCACACAGAAGGAGAACAUUAACAUCUCUCACCAUCAAGCAUUGUUAGCGGUAGACAAUAUUAGUCAAUGUGUAGCUGAGAAAGGGUGAGCUACGCUUCUCAUAGUGUCACACAGUUGCAUAAAGUGCCCUGUUCUGGGCCUAGAGCUAAUGUCUGAAGUUUCAAUUUUAACUUCUCAAGCAGGUUAGGUUUAAGGGCAAAUUCUCUCAGAGACCAAACAAUUUCCAGACAGCCUCUGUGCAGUUGACCAAGUUCUUGCUUUUUCACUUCAUGACCAGUCUUGGUGCCCGAUUUUUUUCACCUUCAAGUUAAAGACCUGCAGUUGGUUCUUCUCAAUAUCCAAGGUGUAUGCAUCAUGGAUCUAUUGCUCAGAGUUUGUUCACCAGGGUAGAUUAGUAUCACUCCUGCCUGCUGCUUUGGCCUGUUUUAAGGUGAAUACCCUGAGCAGGAUAGGAGCACAGAAAAUGAUAGCUGCCCUGAGCCAAGAAAGAGAGACUAACCGGCUUUGAUGUUUUGCUUGUGUAGCAGUUGUUUCUCGUAAUUGAGUUCAUGACCAGCCCUUAGUUGCAAGUGUGUCUUCUAGAGUUGGUGAUUGCUUUAUUUCUUAUUCUGAGGGAAAGAAGUAAAAUAAUUAGUACAGAAAAGGAUGCAACUGGAACACGUCUUUCUCUGUCCUCGAGGAUGGAAAACUAGAUUACCACAAGGAACAGUCUAUUAGUAUGAAAGUGCUUAAUUGCUCCCAUUCUGCUUUAUUGGUUGCUAUGUUUCAUGUUAGGUAUUAUUUGAGGAAUAGGUAAACAUACAAUUACUGUUUUGGCAGCAGCCCUCUGUCCCCCAUCACAUCAGGUUCUCACCUUUUAGGAAAAAAAUCUUCUGGCUUUAUAGGGGAUUAUGGGUUUUCUUGUGGUUCACCACCAUUUUAACACAACUUUUUUGAUGCUGGUGAAAAGUUAAAAAAUUAACCUAUGUUUUUUAGUCACCCAAAAGAGAAUCCAGAAAAUCCAUACUUGAAGAAAAAGUGCUUUUUAUGAGCAGUAUUUUCAGAGUGGACUGAGAUGCAUCCAAUCAUAAACACAUUUAUCAUGCUUCUUGAAAGAUACAUUCUACUGACUUCAAUGGAACUUUCUUCCAAGUAACUAUAUAAAAAGAUAUUUAAACCAACAAGAAUUAAGUUCCUGUGCUUCCAGCUUGGUGUGUUGCUUUUAAAACUUCUCUCUGUUCUGACUUUUUAAAGCCAUUCAUUAACUGCAGGGUGAUGCAUGUUGGCCAGAACCCUUUGUGCUGCUGCUUAAUUGCUGCAGGUGUCCACAGUUAAAAUGUUAAUUAUAGCUACUCAUAAAAGAGCAUCAUCAAACUCAGUGGGAUGCUUCAUGGAAAAUGUAUUUAGAAUUUAGGUGCCAGUUUAUCCUUAUAGGUGUUCAGCGGUUAUUGGAACGUAACUGAGAAAUUUCAUAAGGUGGCCAACGUUAAGUAAACCUUUCUAGUAUCCCUUUUGUUUUCCAAAUUAAUACACGGAUAGGUGGGUCAUAACUGAUCAUACAGUAUCUUUGCUUUUAUUUGUUCAUGUCUGCUAAUGAGUUCCUGCUUUCCCUGCGUGGGCAAAGGGCCAAUAAUAUUCUGUAGCACACAGAAUUCUGUCCCAGUAUUAGCAACAAGUAGUCAGAGGGCCUUUACAUUGUCUGAAUCGAAUGAGCUUUUGCUAUAUUUAGUUUCUAUGCCCAGUUAUGCCUGUAGGACAGAAUUACAACAUUGACUCUAUUGUUCUUCAUAACCAUAUUUAAACUCUGCAAAACAGUUAACCUUUACUUGUCUCUGCCUUUUCCUUUUUAUAUUCAAUCCUUCCAGUGGGUUAGUCUGGGAGCUUUGAAAACCUUGAGUUUGUAUAAAAACAACAACAACAACUGUAGAGUACGGUUUUGCUUCGUUAGACCUGUUCUUCUAAAUAUUAAUAUGCAAAACUUUGUUUGAGAGAAGAAAGGCAAGCUACAGUCCAGUAGUAGAAAGUGCAAAGGUAAGUUACGUUUCGUAUCAUUAAGAUCAAAAGAAAAAAAAUGAAACUGGCUUGAAGUUGCUAGAUUUUUAAUGCUUGAUACCUAAUUGAAUUGAGCCAAAGCAACAGGUGUGUCCAAUUGUAGAGUAACUUGUGAAGCAAAAAAUAUGGGGAAAUCAGACCAUUCAUUCAGUAGCUUUGCAUGAAUUUCAGGGGACUUUUUAAAAAGCAACUCCUUGCAGAAGUACUGACUUAAUUGCUUGUAUAGCAAGGAAAGUCUAUCUUUGUACAGCAUUUCCUUAGAGGGAUUACCUGUUCAUCCAAGCUGUCAUUGGGGCUUAUUGAGGAGAAAAAUGACCCAUGAAAAAGAUUACAAAGGGCCUCAAAUUUCUACACAAAAGACUGAGCAAUAGAUCAUGUGGCUUACACUUGGCCAAGGAGUAGCGUCACGUUGAUUGGUGUAUUGGUGCGACUAGUAUUCUUUUUGAAGAAUAAAAUCACUCUGAGGUCUGGCAAGUUUGAUGGUCUUACCAAUUAACCCACAAAACUGGAAUGGAAACUAAUGCAGUUGCUGCAGAUCGUAGACUUACUGGCACUUGUAUAGCACCAUCCACUUGAUAAUGAGUGUUUGCCAGAAAUAGUGCCUGUGCUCUAAACUGACUUUCACUCUUAGAUAUUGCUUGCAUCCAUAAGGUGACCUGUCACAUUUAGUGUUUGGAUUAAAUGCCAUUAUUGUACUACUAAAACUAUGCUAGAUAAGUGGUUGAGUGAUUGUCUGCAUAUAAAAAGAAUUGACAGCAUUAGCUAUGAUUGUUUGAACCAUGCUUUUACUCUGCACCAACUGUAUUAGUUCAUGUGAUUAAUGACUGCCCUAAACCAUCUUUCUGAGUUGCUCAGAUUAGAAAAAGUUUCUGAACUUGCAAUGACUUUGGAACUGAGAGAAACUUGGCCAAGGUUAGUGAAACCUCAUCUAAAAUAAAUUGCCUUUAAUUAUAUGCUCUUGCAUUUGAAGACCUGCUCUGGUGUAAGGGAACUUUCAGGGCAUUAGAAACUCUGUCACAAAGCUAGAAGAAUCACCUGUGCUGUAAAGGCUUUUUUUCUUCAGGAGUUCCUUUCUAUUGUGCAUGUCUGUAUUUAUCCCCAGAAUUUGACAGGACUUUAUAAUUUGCUUGAAGCAGCCUUAAUUUAGCCUAUUUCAGAAGCUCUCAAACAGGCAUGCUGUCCUGAAUCUACUUGCAUGUUUGUAAGUCUUCCAAUGUGUACUUACCAGCACACAAGUGGACUCAGCAUUGAGGCAUAAAUUUGCAUGCGUGACUUUGGUUCUGCUAAUAAUGAUGUUAAGAAGGUGGAGACAGAGCAGUGGCUCCUCCAAACAGCACUGAACAAUGAAUGGAAAUGCGUAAGGGCUCACUUUCACUGUGUUCUCCCAGGUGUUGCGUGUGAUGUGGUCCUUCUGUACAGAUGCUGGUUGUCUGUGUGUACAUGUGUAAAAGAGAAGGCUUCCAAAUGCACUGAUACCUUCCUGUCACCAGUGUGGAACUGUAGGUUGCCCGCAAUAAAAUGCUCCAGUCAAGAUCUGUCUAAUGCUGUUGCGCUGGACAAACUGGCUCUUAUUAAGUCAAGUGAGACGUCAGAAUAUCAUACUUCAAGGAGCUAUCAGGAUAACAUUUUUAAAUUUCCAGCCCUUUUUUUAAAAAAAUAAUAACAUUCCACAAUUUUAAAAAAGGUAGUAGAGAAGUUUGAAGGGACUUGGUUCUUUCUAUUUGUGCUGCUUGUUUUCCUAGUACCAUUUCAUUUGGUUGUUUUAAUUUCCAUGUAGUAUUUAUUUUCAUUCUCUUGAAGAGAUACAAUAUUAGAGCUACAAAUAUUUACCUAGUCUGUUUCUGUCAUAAAGGCGUUAUGCUCACAAUCCUCUUAGGAGAGAGUAUUAUGCUAAUAUAAAUUGAGGUUGUCAAAUGUUGUCAUCUUCAUAGCACUUUGAUAUGGAAACUGUCAGUUUUAAUACCUUGGUGAAAAGUUUCCAUUUAAGAAAUGAAAAGCACCUUUCUUAAGGGCCCUUCGAGGAGAUUUUAAAUGCAAAGCAAAAAAUCAAACAGGAGGAGAGAUGAGGGGAAUCAUGUCGGUGGGGGAGGGGGGGGGCAUAGUCUUUUUUUUUUAAUGCAGAACCACUGUAAAGCAACUUUACAGGAAACACGGUUUGUUUCCACUCCUCAACAUAAUCCCAUUGACUUCAGUGAGCUGUGAAACUGACAGGAGUGCCUUGAGGAUUGGGCUGCCCAUUGUCUGUAGUUAUUUCCCAGCAGGGAAGUAUGCAGUUCUCAUGCAGUGCGCAGAAUAUAUAGCCCAGGAGGAUUAUAGGACUGUGACUUCGCAUGAACAGUGAAUAAAAAUACAUCUGUAACUCACUGAUGGGUUUUGCGAUGGCAAGGAAUUACUGCUUGAAGGAUAACUUGGGUCCUUGCAGGGAGUGGCUGGGAAGAGGAUGACAAGAUACCAUGUGCUUAAAAAUCAUGUACAAUUGUGUAUAAAGUUCUGUUUGUUGCCAAGACAUGGUCUUUUUGUUCUUAUUGUACUUUCUGUAAAUAUUCCUAGCACUAAGUUGUAAAGGCAGACUGUAAAUAUGAAGCUGGAAGCUGUGUUCCCCUGUCUCUAGUACUUUAUCUCUUGUUUAGGGAAGACACAAAGGCUUGUUUGUAUUUAUGCCAACUCCUUGUCCAGAAAAAAACACAUCUGAUAUUGAAUGUAACACAAUUAGUCAAAUAAAUUUUAAAGAUAUUCUUACGUA